AUGACCGAAAAUGGCAUAUCCUUUGACACCGACAUUUUAUACUGCAAGCCUUGCAAGGCUUUUUUGCCCGACCACGAAUCUGUAACGAAACACAUAGAAGGAGAUAGUCACGCCAACUGGGUAGCUGCUAUGGAUGACUUGAUCGACGGUGAAUUCAUUAGGCUGAACGCAUAUUUGUCUUCCGAGACUGAAAAUGUAUUUUGCGAAGUGUGCCAGUGCAAUAUUCAUUGUACAUUACAAAAUAUUGAGGAACACGUGAACGGACUUAGCCACCGCGGCAACAUCGCAGAGAGGCUAAAACCGCUAAAUGGGAUAUUCAAAGUCGAAAAUGAUGAUGAAUUAUGGUGCAAAGUAUGCGAUGUUUACAUUGACAACACUGUCCCAAAUGUUCUGGAGCACAUAGAUGAGGAUGACCACCAUAUGGAAUGGUUUAUGGAGAUAGAAGAUCUUAUUGAAGAGCAAGAUGUGUCCAUAGUUAAUUAUUUAGCAAAUGAGUUUGAGAAGUUUGCUUAUUGCAAUAAAUGUAAUGUUGAAAUAAUUUGCAAUGCUCAAAGCAUUGAACAACAUGUAAAUAGCGAGUCACAUUUAAAUCAGUUUAGU